AUUCCUCUCAUGCGUUCCUGCACCACUAUUGCUCCCUUUUUCACAGCGACCACCACCUCCUUCCAUCUUCCCUGGACCCUUUCUACCAUCACCAGCCAGUCCCUGCUCGCUCGCUUCGCUCUCUUGCUCGGCUCUGCACUGUCUCAUCAGUGGUGCUCGUUGUCGCUGUCAGCCUUCCCUCGCGGUCUGCUUUGCUUCUCAUCAAUAUAGCCCAGUCGUCAUCACUCCCUCCACACCAAUGCUCGACUCGUCCGUAAUUCAAAUCCUCAUCGUCCUGGGAUUCCCCUAUGCCAUCGGCGCCCUCCGCUCCUUCUUCGCCAAGGCGCCUCCACCGUCGCCGCUUCAGCGCAUCAACAACCAGCAGGGUGAAAAGGUGUCUUCACGGACAAGGGCCUGGAACCGUUCCAUGCUCCUCCUCCUCGGCCUGACAGCACUCUAUCACGUCUUCUAUGUCGUCUUCUACGAUCCACCCAACAUCUUCAAGACCCUGUCCCUUCCAGCAGACUGCCCCAACUUCAUCCUGCACCAAUCCUGGAAAGAACGCGCGGCACUGGACCCGGCCUUCAUGAACAAGUACCCAGACUCGAUGCGGGAGCGUUUCAAGGCCAUGGAGAAUCGAUUGUGGUAUGAGGUCUAUGGUCAAGAUGCCUUUUUGAACUGCGAAUACUGCACAGAGCGGUCGGAUUUCAUGCGCUACUUGAUCCCGGGUGCCAUGGCCUCCUAUGUCGGCAUGGCUGUCAUCCUCGGCAUUGCCACCACCCAAACCUCGCACCUGAACAAGUAUCGGACCUGGGGAUCUGCAGCCUUGGUUAUUAUCUCCGUGCUCGAAUACGGGACCUAUCAGAGGAGCGCCGAUAUCGGAUCACUGCCUGGUUUGAUGAAGCACGAAGGUUGGAUAGUUGGCUUCCGUGGAGCACAUCUUCUCCGACACGGCUCCUUAGCCAUGAUGUCUGUAGUCCUCAUGGGAGUCUUGCUGAGAUCAACCCGAGGCGGCGGCCUCAGAGACGAGGUCGAAAUCCUGAACGACCUCUGUCAGGCACAGGAAGGUAUGAUUCAGCGACACAGGGCCCUUCAAUUGGCACGGGCGGCCUCACUCAGGGAUCCUGUUUUGAGAAAGCAGUUUGUCGACUAUUGGAAGAAGCGUGAGGUCGAGCAUGGCUUGCUAUUAUCCGAUAUGGAAUAUAAGGAAGCGCGCGACUUGGCACUGAGCAGGAUAGAUGUUGAGACGAUCACUCAGGAGGCUGAUGAAUACAUUGACGCGAUCAUCAAGGCCGGAGAACGCGUGUCUGAACCGAUGGAGGCAGACGCGUCAGCAAACCCAGCCGAGCAGACAAAGACGGCUGCGUCGACUUGAUCUUUAACAGACAUCAGUCGACAUUGAACAAUAAACACGCAUGCAUAUCACAAUGAACCAAUGAAUCCUUCUUCAUGGUUUUACAUUUUAGCAUAA